UGUUCCCUUAUUUGCCUUUAUAUUUACAGUCAAUCCCGUCAUAUUUUGAUCCUAUCUGUUCUUAUUUACACAAUGAACUAGCACGUGUUAGUGUUACAUAUGGCACUCUCUUCUUUCACCGUCACCGCCAGACACAUUUUAUCCCCUGUGACUAUUCUGGUAACAUCGACGCUUUCUUUGCCCACCUUCAUUACGCCGUCCAGUCGAGCUUCUCGCGUCUUUCUGAAGAGGCGUGUCGUGCCCACGCCGCUCAAAUACAACGCUAGACGCGCGCCUGAGUCACACACCGCGUGUCAGACCAUAGUGUGAGGUAAGCAGAUCAGCACUGCCCACGCCACAGAAGAACAUGCGUUUGUGUCGUACCUCAUCUACUUCUUUACAUUGUGGAAGAGCGCAACUGUCUCAUUGUACCCGUCUUAUAAAACCGAUUCCCCACUUCUACGAUUUCUAAGCACCGCUUUGGUGGGAAAAGCCAGAGUUUGGAAAUAUCUCCGUUCAGCCGUUUGUGAAUGAUUUACCUGUGUCGGACUAAAAGGGAAGAGUGCAUGAGAGAUCUCAAGGCUACACUGUGCUCAACACUGGGAGGCCGGCUGAAUAAACCGGAGAAGGAUCCCUGUCAUUUCAAAAACACCGUCCCCUCACUUUCUUCUCCCACGAUGGCCCUUGCCUCCUUCCAACUAAUGCAAACUCUAAAGAACUCUCCAGCGGCUUUACGCCGGCGAUUUCGCCGCGACCGCACGGAGAGCCUGUCACACGGCGAUCCCCUCUUCAAGGUGCACUACCUCGGCACAAAGAAAAUAUUCUCCCUAGACCUGGAGCAGGCCGAGGACGCCAUUGAUCGACUGCUAGAUGGAGCCCCUGGGAAGCUAUCUAAAGAUCACGCCCUGGUAGUGCGACCGCGAUACGUUGAGGUUAAAGAACUGAGCACGGGAAGACAACUCACAAAGACCUACUUGCAGGACAUUGCGUACUGUGCCUCGCACACGGCCAGGCCUAAUGUGUUUCUGUACAUAUGCAGACAGCCUGGUCAGCAGUUGCAGUGCAGGGUUUUCUGGUGCAGUCGGGCAGAAAGGGCAAAAGACAUGACUGCCUGCCUGGCGAUGUCUUUUCAGCAAGCGCUCAAUGACUGGCAGGGUGGGUGCGCCACAUUGCCACACGGAGAUGGAAUCAGUAAAGAACCCGAGAUGACUGGUACACCCAGUGCACCCAGAGUAUCAACGUUGCCAGCUAGCUUGGGAAAAGUUCGUUGGAAGAAAAGAGGUUCAGUAUCCCGCAGUCCUCUCCGUGCCAUCAGCAGACGAGGUUCUGCCAGUGACAACUGGCAUUGAGGACCACAACACAUUGGCUUUGUAAUGAGUGGGAAUUUUCAGCAUAAAUGUGAGAAACUGAAACCUGAUGGAACUUUUGAACUCUGGCAGAAAUGUCACCUCCUUAAUGCAAGGUGGUGCAGAGUCUGUGUUUUAAAUGGCAUUUGAGGUUAUUGAUUCACCAAAAUAAUGCUUUCAGUUUAGAAAGUUCAUGGGGUCACGUUGGUUUCACAUCACAGCACGAUACCAUACUUGUCUAUACCCAUAAUGGACAAAAUCAAAGCUGACAUCUGGGUUAGACCUGUAUCUAUCAAUAAAGCAAGUAUAGGCUUUUAAAGCUAUAUACAGUAUGUAUCACAGAGUUAAGUGUUUAUAGUCAACAGUUCUCCUCGCACAUACACGUCACAUGUCUGAGUACACAUGUCUGGUAAGUGUGUGAAUGUGAGUGAUGAACAGUGAAACAGUGUAGUGUUUGUUUGUAUUGGGAUGUGUGUGGGAAGUGGGUGGAUGCAUGACGGUAAACUGGUGCAGGAGCAGGGGAUAACGAUAGCACAAGCUUUCUGAGAGAUUUAUUUUUCAACAAACAAAAAUGUUUCUCACACGUCCAAAUAUCAACAUUUUUUUUUUACUGAAAUUUUUAUAAUGUUGAAUUUGUGUGUUAAUACAAUGUAGAUUUAUUUGACAUUAAUACCAGCUUGUUCAUCAGGAGUGAUUUUAACUUGAAAUUCAUAGUCAAAUCCUGGCUCUGCGUUUGCCAUGUCAAUUUUAUUUCGCUUUUGAUUCAUGCAAGCAUAGCUUCUAGUCAUAAGAGAUAAAGAAUAGUAGUUAUGCUGUGUGCUCUUAAUAUGGGAACACUGUGUGUUACCAUGCACUUGCAUAGCAGCAUCAUUCCCACCUCCCAAUAGCCUUUCUCCCAUUUUUUUCCAAUUAUUUAAAGACAUGCAGUAUUGAAGUACAGUGUAGUACAAACAUGUAUAUUUUUCAGGGACUUAAAGUUAUUUAGACUAAGAAAGCUUUUUAUCUUGCUUGGUUUAUGCAACUAAGUAUUUUGAAUAGAGGCAUCCUACAUUGUAUGGUUGGUACAAUUGGCUUUUUUAUUUUACUGAUGCUGUUUUAUAUAUGAUCACUGAGAGUUAUCAUAUGUAGGUAACUAAACAGUACAUCAUGGUGUUAAAGAUUAUGCCCGAUGUUUUGGGUUAGUCAAGCCAACAUUUCUUUCAUUUUAAUCUUAUGGAUUUUAUUUAAGCCAUAUAAAUUGCUUCACGCACUACAACGACAUCAGAUCUUUUCUUGGAUCUGUUGUGUCAGCUUUUUAAGGUGUUUGAUAUUCAAUGAAUGUUCUUGUACCUUAUUUUAAAUGUCUGUUUGUAUAUUUAAAUAUUAAAUGUAUUUUAUUGAAUAUUAAACUUUUUAUAUUUUAAA